AUGAUUGACAACUGCAAAAGCCUUCACAACUCGAAAAAUCUCUCCUUCCAUCAUUUAAGUGUCACCGAUUUCAAAUUCAACGAAAAAUUCCACGUGGCAACUGCUGUAUUCGUUUUGCAGUAUGUGCAUCAGAAGGAUCAGCUUCAAAAAGCAAUUCGUCUGAUUUGUGAGCAUUUGGAGGAUGGUGGAUUGUUCGUCGGGCUGAUUCCAAAUGGAGUUGAAGGAGUUAAAGCACCGGAGACUGCCGGGAAAAUGUUAGGAGCGGAAAUCGAGAAACGACAGCUUCCAUUUGUGGAUGGAGGACUGGUUACAGCAAGAUUUUAUGAAGGAGAUAAUAUCAAAUGCACUUCUACUAUGGCUCUUCAUUCAAACGAGUUCUAUGAAAAGUGCUUCCAAAAUGCCGGAUUUUCAAAAUUCGAAUGGUUGGCGCCAAAAAUUAGUGACCAAGGACACUCCAUUCUGGGAGAGGAGUUCUUGAAGCAGUUCAUGAAUCCACCAUGUGAUAUUGUUUUCAGAGUUUUUAAAUGA